CUGUUGCUGCGAUCGGUCGAUCGAUGUGAACGAGCCGCGUUACUGGCGCCAUACGAAAUUCGAGUUCGCGAGAUAAAAACCGCGAGAAGGCAAAGAACACCGCAAAAGCCGAUGUAAACAAAGAGAUAUGGCUGAUAGUUCUGCAUUUUGCAAGACAACUUUAUCAACUGACACGCGUAUUGAAACGGAUACUUUUUAGUUAGGUGCUGGAGUGCCGAUUCUGCCGCCUAAAGUGCCAAAUAUUCAAAGUGAACUAUCAAAAGCAACCAUGAUGAGUGGCCAGCCACUUGGCUCGAGGGUUUGGCUGUUGUCCGGAGUGCUAUUAGUGACAUUUGCUGGGACGGAUGCCUACGGAUUUGGACGUUGCCCGAAUUAUCCAUCGAUGCCAAAGUUUAACAUGAGUCGGGUUCUUGGACACUGGUACGAGGUAGAGCGCUCUUUUUAUCUUCCGGAAAUCGCCUCCGGAUGCACCACCUUUCAGUUUGAGCCGUAUAACAAGGGCGAACAAUCCAAGUUUUCCAAUUUUAAGCUGGCUGUAGCCAUUAAAAACAUAAAUCGCAUAACUGGUAAUCCGAAUGUGAACAUUGGCUAUGCAACGCCAGAAAACAGUCGAUCCUCCAUCAUGGACUUUAAGUUUACCACCCGAUUUCCGGACGUAAUUGCCCGACUGCUGCCAGGUUCCGGAAAGUACCAGGUGCUCUACACGGACUACGAGAACUUCGCCAUCUUGUGGUCCUGCGGCAGCAUCGGCUCACUGGGUCACUCCGAUCAGAUCUGGAUUCUUGGACGUGAUCGGGACUUCGAGGUGGAUGUCCGCUCCAAAGUGUACGAUGUGUUGAAACGACUCUCUUUGGAUCCGGAAAGGCUGAUCAUCAGCAAAAACAAACAAUGCCCCGAGGCGCUGUAG